AUGAUUUCUUCUGUGACUUUGAAAAACGACCCCUUAUUGUUUCCUGCUUUGAAAAAUAAUCCGAAUGCAGGGGAAGAAUUAAAGCUGCUCGAGAACUCACUAACGGGAUCCACUAUUAAUUCAAUUGGGCGUCAUGGAAAAUAUUUUUGGUUAAGAUUAAAUUUAGCUGAUUCGAAAGAAACAGGUGUUUUGUUAAUGCAUUUUGGAAUGACUGGUAUGAUAAAAAUUAAGAAUAUUCAUUCAAACUUGGUAAUAAUGGAAAACGGAGGAGAUAAGAAAGUUCGAAAUGAGAUUGAGAAAGAAAAGGCUGCUAUAAAGCUGGAGAUUAAGGACGAGGUUGAGGCAGGGAAAGAGGAUAAUCCAAAUGAUUCUUCUGAUAAGAAUGACAACGAUUCCUUAUGGCCACCACGAUUCGCUAAAUUUGAAAUGAAAUUAAAAAAGGAUUCUCAAGAAUACGAUUUGGCAUUUGUAGAUCCUAGGAGGUUGGGUCGCGUUAGAUUCUUAACAGGGCCGGAGGUGCAAACUGACCAGAAGCUUCUAAAUACAAAACCACUUUCUGAGCUAGGGCCAGACUAUUCAAAACCUGCUACAGUAGUAUCCUUGGAUGAAUUUAAAUCUGGCGAUCCUGACCCGAAUAACCAUGGAAGACCCCGGUUGAAUUUGAAAGAUUUCAAUAAACUAAUCUUGUCGAAGAAAAAACCUAUUAAAAGUCUAUUACUUGAUCAAGCCUUCUUUGCUGGUGUCGGAAAUUGGGUUGGUGAUGAGAUUUGCUACCAUGCUAGGAUCAAUCCUAAUGAAGUCAUUUCCAAUAAACUAGAUAAAGACUCAGAUGAGAUAGAUCCCGUUAUUAAACAACUUUAUGACUCUCUCAUAUAUGUUUGUGAAGAAAGCGUAAGACUUGAGGGUAUUUCCAAAAACUUUCCUGAUAAUUGGUUAAUGCUUUAUCGCUGGGGAAAGGGUAGGAAGGCUCCGAAAGCUAGAACCAUCGAAGGGUAUACUGUUGAUCAUGAGACUAUCGGAGGUAGGACAAGCUGCUUUGUUCCUCAACUUCAAAAGCCAUUAAAGAGAAGGCAAAAGGAAGAUGCUACCAGUAGCAUUCAGCAUCCUUCGCAAAGGAAGAAGCCAAAGGUUGAAUCGUAG